AUGCCCGGAGGCGAGGAGGCGCUGGACUUGCCUGCGUGGAACCGCGCCCCAGACCGGGCUUGGGACCCCCACCACAGAAGUACGAUGGCAUCACUGGAGUCUGAGGUGAAGGAAGAAUGUCUGAGGGAAGACCUGAAGUUCUACUUCAUGAGCCCCUGUGAGAAAUACAGAGCCAGACGCCAAAUCCCAUGGAAGCUGGGCUUGCAGAUUCUGAAGAUAGUCAUGGUAACAACUCAGCUUGUUCGGUUUGGCUUAGGUAACCAGUUGGUGGUGGCUUUCAAAGAAGAUAACACUGUUGCCUUUAAGCACCUGUUUUUGAAAGGAUUUUCUGGAGCUGAUGAAGAUGACUACAGCUGUAGCAUAUACACUCAAGAGGACGUCUAUGAGAGCAUCUUUUUUGCUAUAAAGCAGUAUCGUCAUCUAAAGAACAUCUCCCUGGCAACCCUUGGUUAUGGAGAAAAUGAAGACAACAGAACUGGCCUGAAAUUCUGUAAGCAGCAUUACAAGACAGGAGCCAUGUUUUCUUUGAACAAGACCCUGAAUAUUGACAAUGACAUUGAGACAGACUGCCUUCACCUAGACCUCCAGGGGCUGGACAAGGAACCCGAGGACUGGGCACAGACCCCUUUCUUCAGGCUGGAUUUUUACCGGCUCGUGCAAGUCGAUAUCUCCUUUGCCCUCAGAGGAAUUGACCUGCAGGCACUUCAUUCCCGAGAGGUACCAGACUGUUACAGCUUUCAGAAUACGGUUACCUUUGACAACACAGCUCACAGUGGAAAAAUCAAAGUCUAUCUCAACAGCGAGGCCAACAUAGAAGAAUGUAAAGGCAUGAACAUAUCUGGGUCUAUUCAGAGAAGCACUCACUAUGUCCUGGUGUUUGAUGUGUUUGUCAUUGUGACCUGCCUGGCAUCCCUUAUCCUGUGCACACGGUCCAUUGUCCUUGCUCUGAAGUUGAGAAAGAGAUUUCUAAACUUCUUCCUGGAGAAGUACAAGCGACGCGUGUGUGAUGCUGACCAAUGGGAGUUCAUCAAUGGAUGGUAUGUCCUAGUCACUGUCAGCGACCUCAUGACAAUAAUUGGAUCCAUAUUAAAGAUGGAGAUCAAAGCCAAGAACCUCACCAAUUACGAUCUGUGCAGCAUUUUGCUCGGGACAUCAACACUCUUGGUCUGGGUUGGAGUCAUCCGAUACUUGGGCUACUUUCAAACAUACAACGUGCUCAUUCUCACCAUGCAGGCCUCACUGCCCAAAGUCCUCCGCUUCUGCGCCUGUGCUGGCAUGAUCUACCUGGGGUACACGUUCUGCGGCUGGAUUGUCUUGGGACCGUAUCACGAGAAGUUUGAAAACCUGAACAUAGUGGCUGAAUGCCUGUUCUCUCUGGUCAACGGUGAUGACAUGUUUGCCACCUUCGCUCAGAUCCAGCAGAAGAGCAUCCUGGUUUGGCUGUUCAGUCGCCUCUACCUCUACUCCUUCAUCAGCCUCUUCAUAUACAUGGUCCUCAGCCUUUUCAUUGCCCUCAUCACUGACUCUUACCACACCAUUAAGAAAUACCAGCAAAAUGGGUUUCCUGAAACGGAUCUGCAGAAAUUCCUGAAGGAACGCAGUAGCAAAGACGGGUACCAGAAAGAGCCAUCAGCCUUGCUGUCCUGUGUCUGCUGUCUGAGGAGGAGAGGAAGUGAUGACCACUUGAUUCUCAUUGACUGAAUCCCUUCUGCUAAUGUCAAUCAAGACCUCUUUCUC